CAACUUGUUAUGAUGAAGUCCAUCAUCAAGACCAUAAAAUAGUGGUGUCAGCUUGCACACAAGUCGUGCAAAAUCUCCAGGAUGGGGGACUCUCUUGGGAGCUUAGGAUAUUUCCGAGUUCUGAAUGUUAGCCACUGAAAAUGCCGGUAGACGAUGAAGCAUCUGAAGAUGACUCGGAGUCCGUUUCGUCAAACAUUGAGAGAACCUGCAUUUCCCAAUAAGAGAGUGUAACGAUUUCUGUACACUAUGGAAGAUUUUGAUUUGGUGAAACCCUUACGGAAAACUUCGUCUUCUGUAGAAUCUAAUAUAAAAAAUUCUCCCUAUUCUUUUGGACUGAACUUAAAUAUUAAUAGAAGUAGUCCCCACCUUAGUACAAACGGGGUAUCCUCUUUCUCAGGGAAGACCAGACCGUCUGUAAUUCAAGGCACAGUUGAAGUCCUAACCUCUUUGAUGCACGAGCCUCAACACAGUGGAAGGACUGAUUCGGAACUUUGGAAAAACUGUGAGACCAGGUGGUUACAGCUAUUCAAUUUGGUGGAAAAACAGUGCCAAGAACAGAUAGUUGCCCAGCAGGAGCAGUUCCACAGCCAAAUUCGACGUAUACAGGAGGAGAUUAAAAAUUUAGUCAAGUUACAGACCAGUAAUGCUUCCUGGGCUUCCUAUGAUAAUUCUUUAAGUAAACAGAUACCUGCAGGAAGUCAAAUGGGUUUUUUUUCUGAAAACAGUGAGAGAAAUGAACCUAUUAUCAGUUAUCCUAAGUCUGAAGAACCCGAGAUGCAGCAAGAAACGUCCACAUCACAACCAGACUGCAAUGUGGACAGUAGUUCGGUGAGCAGCGGAUAUGGGACCUUCUGUGUCUCCGAAUUAAAUGCCUACAAAUUGAAGGACCCUCAGGAGUUCCUGGAGCACACGGAGGAUUCUGAGCGGCUGUUUGGAGCACCUCUGGCGCAGACGGAGUCCAUUGCAGAUGGUGUGAAAAACAAGAGUUUUCAUAUACAUACCACUGAAGAGUUUUGUGCAUCUUUAAAAGAAGAUCUUUCCAUUUUUCCCGGUGAAUUUGAACACAAUUUUCUUGGUGAAAAUAAGAUUUCAGAAGUAUACAGUGGAAAAAUAAAUAGUAGUAGUAAGUCUGUAACAUCAUGGGCACAAAAGCUGAAGCAGAGCCAACCAAAGAGAGCCGUUACAGAAGAGGGGUGUUCAAAGUCUACGCAAGGAAAGGAGCAAGCCAGGAAGUCACCAGUUGAGAAAUCUAAUUUCACUGUUGCCAAGCAUCCUCAUGCUUUUUACCUCAAUAAACCAGAUGAGAGUCCAAAUUCUUGGAUGUCUGAUUCAGAAACAGGACUCGCUUACUGGAAGCAGGAGGAGAAGGACACACCUCCCUCGCUGCCGGAGACUUUAGAGAAGGCAUUCGCACCUUCCUCCGGAGACAGGUUGCCAGGCCAGUCUAAUACUAGUAAUGAGAUGAAGCUACCAUCACUGAAGGAUAUUUAUCAUAAAAAACAAAGGGAGAACAAGCAGUUACCUGAGAGGAAUCUCACUUGUGCUUCCAACCCAAAUCAUCCACCGGAGGUACUGACUCUAGAUCCAACGUUACACAUGAAGCCAAGUCAGAUGUCAGGGAUUCAGCCACAAGGCUUUUUGAACGCCCUUGAUGACAGACUUUCCUUUUCGCCAGACUCUGUUCUAGACCCCAGUAUGUCCAGUCACUGUGACAUAGACUCGUUUUCACAAGCAAGUAAUGCCACUUCUCAGCCAUCUGGAUUCCCCAAAUACCCUUCACACACAAAAGCUUCCCCAGUGGAUUCUUGGAAAAAUCAUGGCUUCCCAAACGAGAGUAGGGGCAGCUCGACGUUUCCGUCGGUGUGCACUACUGCUAGUGACGACAUCUCGGUCACCAUCGGAGACGGAGAAAACAUGGUCGUGGCGACUUCAGCCUCAGCCAGUCAGUCCCAGCUCCCGGGGAUGGCCACCGGUGUCCCCGAGUGCAUUUCACUGACUUCCCUGGAAGAUCCCGUGAUACUGUCUAAGAUUCGGCAGAACCUGAAGGAGAAGCAUGCUCGACACAUAGCCGAUCUUCGAGCUUAUUAUGAGUCAGAAAUAAAUAGUUUGAAACAGAAACUGGAGGCAAAGGAGAUUUCUGCAGUUGAAGAUUGGAAGAAAACCAAUCAAAUUCUCAUAGACAGAUGUGGCCAAUUAGAUAGUGCUCUGAGUGAAGCAGCUAGUCGUGUGAGAGCACUUGAAAACAAGAAUAACUUGCUGGAAAUAGAAGUCAGUGAUUUCAGAGAACGCUUCAAUGCAGCCAGCAGUGCUUCCAAAAUUUUGCAGGAACGUAUUGAGGAAAUGAGAACAAGUAAUAAAGAAAAAGACAAUACCAUCAUUCGGCUAAAAUCUCGACUGCAGGAUUUAGAAGAAGCCUUUGAGGAUGCUUACAAACUCUCAGAUGAUAAAGAAGCUAGACUGAAACAGGAAAACAAAAUGUUUCAAGAUCUCUUGGGAGAGUAUGAGUCCCUUGGAAAAGAACACGAAAGAGUCAAGGAUACAUUAAAUAUAACCGAGAACAAAUUGCUUGAUGCACAUACUCAGAUUUCUGACUUGAAAAGAACAAUUUCAAAACUUGAAGCUCAGGUCAAGCAAGUAGAGCAUGAAAAUAUGUUAAGUCUUCGCCAUAAUUCUAGAACUCCCGUGAGAUCCUCACAUGCCAACACGCUGGCCACCUCCGACGUCAGCAGGCGCAAGUGGCUGACCCCGGGCGCGGAGUACUCCAUCUUCACGGGGCAGCCUUUGGACGCCCAGGGUAACAGAGCGGAUGCGCGGCUGGUGGAGACCGGUGCCCGGUGCGAUUCUCCUCCGGAAAAGGAUUGUUCAUUUGCAAGUUCACCAGGAAGCUUAUUGGUAAAGAAACAGAGAGAGACUUCAGAUACACCGAUCAUGAAAGCUUUAAAAGAACUUGAUGAAGGAAAAAUAUUUAAAAGUUGGGGCACACAGACAGAGAAAGAGGACACCUCAACUAAACUAGUGAAUCCUCGGCCAACCGAAACGUCUGUCAGCGCAAGUCGGUCCCCAGAGAAGUGUGCCCAGCAAAGACAGAAGAGAUUUAACUCUGCUUCACAGAGAUCCUCGUCUUUACCCCCUUCAACUCGUAAAUCAAGUGCUCCAACAAAAAGAGAGAUUAUGUUAACACCGGUGACUGUGGCUUAUAGUCCAAAGCGAUCCCCUAAAGAAAAUUUGUCCCCAGGAUUUAGUCACCUGCUUAGCAAAAAUGAAGGCAAUCCAACUCGAUCUGAUAUACUUUUGGAUGAUUUAGAUACUGCCCCGGUGCCUGCGUCACCGCGUGCCGGUCCGAGAAGGCAGCUCCGGUUUCUUCCUCUAGGUGACUCGGAAGAAAAAAAAUAUUCAGAAACAGCCACCGACAUCGAUGCUAAUCACGGCUCUUCUCCCGAACUGUUGCCAAAUGGAGGGAAGCCAGUGUGUGUGAGGUCAGCCUGGGAGAAGAAUAAAUCAGUUAGCUUUGAACAGUGUAAGCCCGCCACAGUAGCACCACACGGCAACGAUUUUGAGUACACAGCAAAAAUUAGGACCCUAGCUGAAACGGAACGGUUCUUUGAUGAACUUACAAAAGAAAAAGACCAGAUCGAGGCAGCACUGAGCCGAAUGCCUUCUGCUGGAGGAAGAGUCACUUUGCAGACAAGGUUAAAUCAGGAAGCCUUGGAAGACCGUUUGGAAAGGAUCAAUCGAGAACUGGGCUCAGUUCGAAUGACAUUAAAGAAAUUUCAUGUUCUGCGCACCUCUGCAAAUCUCUGAGAUUUGUAGCCAUUAAAUUUUGAGACCUUUGUGUUUGCACUAACGUAUAAUUAUGCACUCAGAAAAGGCAAACUAUUUUGUACUGUUUAUAAGCCUUCAAAUAGUAGUUUUACAAUCAUGCUAUUCUUUACACUUGCUAUUUUAUACUUCAAAUGGCCACAUAUUUUCAAGAUAUUUUUGUUAUGCUCAGGAAUCUCUUGUAUAUUUUACUAUUUAAAAAGUCUUAUUUUUAAAUAGUAUAAGUCUCCAGUUUAUAUCAAUAGUAAGGAAAUGUAAACAGCGGAGGCAGCUUGUUUCUCAGCAGAUAGUGUUAUCCUUUUACAAUUAACUUUGCACACUAAUUUUAUAUACUUGUUCUACAUUGUGAAUGAUUCUUUUUUUUAAAUAAAUGCUUAAGAACAGCUUCCAUAAUGAUAGACAUGCUGACAGCAAAAAGCAAAAGAAAAAUGCAACAUUCCCUGGAUUUCAGUUGUAUUGAAAUUGAAAAAAAAAAAAAGGUAAUCCAAUUGCUAUUAGGAACAUGACUUAGAGUAUUAGAAUAGUAAUAAUGGAGAUAUUGGAAAUGACAGAAUAUUGGAAAGCUUUGAAAACUCUGAAUAACUCAUUUUGUCUCCCUUGAACUUUAUUACUUGUAAGGAAAGAAAAUCGAGAGCUAUCAUACUCUAGUUCGUUAGUCAUAUGUGUAGUGCUUGCCAGAAAACGUUGAACAGUUGGAGAGCUGUAGCUUUCUGCCCAUCAUUCUGAAUCUGUGACCCACCUGUGGCAGUAAAUCGAUGGAUAAAACUCUGAUGGAAUACAGGCCUCCGCCCCCACCCCCGGACUGUGAGAGCGGCCUUGCUUCCCGUGCCCACGCGUGGGCGGUCACAGGCGUGGGCUGUCGGGAGUCCUCUCACGGGAACAAUCUUAACCCCGCCCCCUCCCCCUGCCACAAACCACGCCCAUAGUAGGUGCUGUGAGAACGCCAGGUGAUCAGAGCGGCCCUCCCGGCUAAUUCACGGACAGGGACGUGUGUCGCUGGCCGUCGGCCUCUCCCUUGGCCUGUUUGGAGGGCUCCUGCCUGGGGUGGCGCGCGGGCAGGAGGCUGCGCUCCGAUCAGCUAGUGGUCAGCUAGCGGGUGUGGGUUCUGACGGCCGGCCCGGUUCCUGGGGGCCAGUCAGAACCCAGUGGCUACAUAUCUGCGUCCGUGUUGAUACACAGAUUCAUUCUAAACUUUCCAAAUCGAUUCCCAUCGACAAUGCUCAGGUUUUAAAGUUUGGUGUCCUUUUGAGUCUUUUCUUCUUAUGUAACCUCUUAACGGCUUAUAGCUCUUACAGUUAUGAGCCAAGCCAACCAUUUCUCCACUAGGACAUACAGAUGCCUUUGCGCAGGGGGCUCAAACGGUCUUUGAGCACCUUCACCAAAGCUUACCGGGCUCAGCUCCAGGCCCGAUGCCCCAGCCAGGCAUGCUUCUCAGCUUGGGGGGUGUCUCCGCAGGGGCGCCGCCUGCCCCCUGCCCCUCCUGCUCCUAUAUCGAACCUUUGAUCCUGGCCCCUGCCACCAGUUGAACACCUCUGUCCAAUCACAAUUAUUCAUCAAUGGAAUAAGUGCCUUUAUUAGUGGUAUUUUUUUUCUUUUUUUAAGUCUUCUAGUUGUAGAAAAGAAAAAAGUGAAUUUUAAUCAAGCUCCAGUACAGCUGUGUCAAAACCUAGUUAAGGGACUGACUUUACUGAUGGAACUCCCUUUGUGUUCUGUACGUAAUAUUAAAAUCUACCUUGAAAAUUAGGAAAUUCAUUGUUCCCUACUUUUAUCAUAAAUAAGGUCUACUACCUUCUUAAGAAUAGGAAAUUGCCAUUUCAGAAGAGAUUAUGGUUUUAUCUUGUGAAGGAGUUAUCUUCUUAGUCUCUACUGGCUUAUUUCAAGAAAGAUAUGAAACCCCAUCAAAACCUCUUCCGCGCUCUCAGAAAAUGUACGCUUUGAUUCUUGAAAUGUAUAAUAGAUUGCAAGUGUCACUUAUUUAAAAAUUAAAAACAAUUCUUUUCUUCAUAGCUGUGAAGAGAACCAAGGAAGACCUUUCAGCUAUCUUUCCCUUUUUUUUUUUUUUUGUGCUUAAUUUACACACAGGAGCACUGAACUUAAAAACUGAACCCCAAAGGUGGCAGUCUUAGAAAGUGGCUGUUGUCUCUGGGAGUUGAGCCCCUUUGUCCCCGAGGGAACCUGAGUGGAAGUACCUCUUUAAGUGCAUGUAGAGUUCUCUCUCUCUUUUCCCUCUGGCCUGCCCUUCCUUUCCUUUCCAGAGCCCCAAGGCACAACAGGCGAUCAGCUGAUGCUACAGAGGUAGCUAAGGUGGCCAUGCUGGGAGGGGGCCCCUUCAGGGACCAGAUUGCCGAGCGACAGGGACCUGGGUCACCACCAGGCUCAGGCCUGCCUGCUUCAGCAGCAACAGAUAAGAUGAGGUGAUAAGAAACUUCCUUCCAAUUUAAAGAUUAUGUAAAGUGCCUGGUGCUUAGUCAGUUUUCAAUAAAAGUACAUUUCAGAUUCAUUCCAAGUUAAAAAUGUCUUUCAAUCCAAGGUAGUGAUUUAGUACUUUUUAAGUAGAAAAGUACGUUGUGCCCCCAGCAAGUGACUUAAAAAUUACUUAAAGUGACUUAAAAAUUGGGUUGGUUGAAUUUUGUUAGGUGGUCUAAGAUGUUCUCUCCACCUUUUUGGAAAAAAACCCCAGAAAAUCUUGGAGUUUGAUCUUCCUUCUGGGAUGAGGUCCAUUUUUUUUUUUAAGUGACAAAACUGGUCACCAACUGAGUACAAGUUCAGAAGCAUCUUAAAUAAUAGGUGAUUUGGGGGGUUAUCUGACAAAUAGGCUAUUUUUCUUAAAAACAAAAGUGUUGGCAAUGUAACCAAAACAAUUGCUCCUUGGAAUGUUCUGUAAUCAGGCCUGUAACGGUGAUGGUUCAUGUGGCAGGACCUGCCACCGGGCACUAGAAGAUCCACAUGAAGGUUGUGAUUUUAGAGUUUGAUAACCAAAAAAUGUGUUCCACCUUUUUACUCUGAAAAGCCAGGUGCUUUGCCAAAUGCUAUUUAAAUUUGAAUCCUGCACUUAACAUCUGUAGUAAAAUUAGAUGUUUUUGUCAUUUUAAUUUUUAUCUCAAAAGCAGUUUUCACUAAAUUUUAAAGUGCCACUUGUGCUGUGAGUCUUGAAGAAGCUUUAAGAACUAAGUGCAUCCCUAGAGAAUCCUUCAGGUAAAUCCUACUUACCAGCCAUUGAGUGAGUGUGUGUGGUCAGUGGUCAUGAGGUUUACAGGUCUGAUUCAACCCGUUUAUAUUGCACACACUUUGCAGGAAAUCACUGUCGCCAAGAGUCCUGUGGCAGUUUGAUAACAUAUUCAACUACACCAGUAUUCUGAGGCCCUGUAUUAUGAAGCUUUUUCCUUCUGAUGUGUUUUAUUUCAGUAGAUGCCUCUCAAAUAGGAGGAAUCAAGCCAUAAAUUUGCCUUUGCUGGACACGAUACACCAUGUCAUCGCUGUGACUGCUGACUUCAAAGAUAAUUGUUUUAUUCACAAUUACACUGUAACAAUGUGAAAAACUGGCUUCCUCCAGUGCUGCUGAUGGUUAGGCAAAGACAAGUGCUUGUUGCCUCGGGUUUUAAAGCUAGAAGAGUAUUGGAGUGAUGGAACUGUAAGCUCCGGGAAGAGCCAGGGGCCAUCCUGUCUUCAUUCUUGCAUCUAGGCACUCAAUAAAUAUUUGUGGAUAUGAA